AUGGGAACCUUUCAUCGGAGUGGGGUUGCUAAGAAGUCUAAUGAUGCUGCUCGGCUCUUUAUGACAACCAUAAUGGGAAUGGUUCUGGGUUAUUUUAUAGGUGUUUCCUUUCAGUCUGUUUCAUUGAGUAAGAAGAUUAAUUUAUCUCCAAGUUUAGUGACAUCUCUUGAUGUAACCUUAAAUGAUGAUAGUCGUAGUUUUCCUGACAACCGUGACUCUGGAAGUACUCCCAUAACACCCAAGAUCUAUGCUCCUAUGAAUCCACGUGGUGCACAGUCUUUGCCACCAGGAAUUGUUGUCUCAGAAUCAGAUUUAUAUUUGCGAAGAUUAUGGGGCGAGCCUAGUGAGGAUCUGAAAAAUAAGCCAAAGUACCUUGUUACAUUUACAGUUGGUGUGAAUCAAAAAGCCAAUAUUGAUGCAGCUGUGAAGAAGUUUUCGGAAGACUUUCAAAUACUGCUUUUUCAUUAUGAUGGCCGGACGAGUGAAUGGGAGCAAUUUGAGUGGUCACGUCGUGCCAUACAUGUCAGUGUUAGGAAACAAACAAAAUGGUGGUAUGCAAAGAGAUUUCUACAUCCUGACGUCGUAGCCGCAUAUGAGUACAUCUUCAUUUGGGAUGAAGAUCUCGGAGUUGAACACUUUGAUGCUCAGAAGUACAUUCAGUUGGUUAAGAAACACGGUUUAGAUAUUUCCCAGCCCGGUCUAGAACCUAACAAUGGAUUGACGUGGCAAAUGACCAAGAGAAGAGAUGACAUAGAAGUUCACAAGGCUACAGAGGAGAGACCAGGCUGGUGCAGCGAUCCGCGUUUGCCUCCAUGCGCUGCCUUCGUCGAAAUUAUGGCUCCAGUAUUUUCCCGUGAAGCUUGGAGAUGUGUUUGGCAUUUGAUCCAGAAUGAUUUAGUACAUGGAUGGGGGUUAGAUUUUGCAUUAAGAAGAUGUGUCAAUCCGGCACAUGAAAAAAUUGGUGUUGUCGACUCUCAGUGGAUUGUGCAUCAGGUCAUUCCAUCACUAGGAAGUCAGGGAGUGUCUGAGAAUGGGAAAGCACCAUGGGAAGGGGACGUCGAUGCGGUUCUCGAGCUCCUCGAGAAAGUCGCCGACGAAUAUACGGCGGUAGUCGGCAGUGGAUAA